AUGUUAAUAUUAUAUGUCAUUGCAUUUUUACUUUUAAUUUCUUUUAUUCAAAAGAAUAAGAAAUUUAGUAGUAAGGACCCACCAGGUCCAUUGGAACUACCAAUCAUUGGAAGUAUCUACAAGAUCAAUCCAAAGAUGCCACAUUUGGAAAUGACAAGAUUGUCCAAGGUUUAUGGUAAAGUAUUUAAGAUGUGGUUUGGUAAAAACUAUACCAUCAUUAUCAACGAUGCUUCCAUCUACAGGGAAAUGUAUGUUGACAAGGCUGCAAUGUUUGGUGAUCGUCCCAAUCUUCCAAGUCUCCAUCUGCUCGUACCAGGUCUCCGAGACAUUUCACUUGAAAAUUAUGAUGCUUGGAAGCCAGUAAGAGAGUUUACCUCUACCUCGCUAGCUCGAUCACGUAGUCGUACACUAAAUGGUAUUUUAGAUUAUCAAACCAAUCAAAUUUUAAAUUCCUUAAAACAAUUUUCUAAAAUUCGUGAACCUUUUUCACCAAGUUUUUAUUAUCAAAAGUAUACAAUUAAUGUUAUUUUAAAGAUGGCAUUUAAUGAUGAAAUUCCAUAUAGUGAAAGUCCAAGUGAAGGUUUAAUGGCAAAGAUUGUAACUCCAAUCGAUCAAAUUAUGAAUAGGUUGGCUGGAAACUCAAUCUUUGAUCACAUCUAUGGUCUUGGUCAUCUCUAUUACUAUAUUACUAAAUUUAGAGGUACUGAAGCUGAUAAAAUCCGUGUUGAAUUGAAAAAGUAUUAUAAUGAUCAUUUAUCAACUCUUGAUAAAGAAAAUCCAAGAGAUAUUUUAGAUCAUUUAAUAAUUGGAGGAUUUGAUGAAGAAAGAGUGAUUAAUGUAUCAUUAGAUUUAUUGGUAGCUGGUGGUGAGACUAGUGCAACUACAAUGGAAUGGUUUACCAUUGUCAUGGUCAAUAAUCCAGAAUGUCAAGAAAAGGCAGCUGACGAAUUAAGAAAAGUGGUUGGUAAAGAUAAUGGUCUUGUAACAGUUUCACAUCGUCAAUCUACUCCCUACACAAAUGCAUUAUUAAGAGAACUUUUUAGAUAUAAAACAGUUGGACCAUUAGGACCAUUACCAAGAGUAGCAAGAGAAGAUGCAGUUAUACAAGAUUACUUUAUUCCAAAAGGAACUAUUAUCUUGUCAAAUAUCUAUGCCAUUCAUAAUGAUGAGAAGCAUUAUCAAUCACCAAGACAGUUUAUUCCAGAGAGAUUCUUGACUGAUCAACACUAUGAACACUGGUUACCAUUCUCUAUUGGUGCAAGAAAUUGUUUGGGUCUUUCGAUUGCCGUCGAUGAAAUCUAUGUCCUCUGUUCAAACCUUUUAUUAAAUUUCAAAAUAUCAUCUGCUAAUGGUCAAAAGCUUGAUGAAACUGAAAGUAUGAAAUAG